AGAGAGAGAGAGAGAGAGAAAAAUGAUGUGAAAACAAGAAAUGGUCUGUUAUUCCUCUUCCGUCUGUCUGGUAUUAUGGGGUUUCUUUCUCUUCUUAUAAGCCAUUCUCUCACUAUUAAAAAUCUCUGCUUUAUUAUCAUUUCUAGAUAUAUAUAGCAUACUUUGGAGAGAAAGAAACAGAAAGCAUAUACACAAUUGUCAUCAAGUUUCAGCAUGACUCUGUGACACUGCCCAUGGCUUCCAAACAGAGAGAAGGACAGAGAUUUAAUUGAUUGCAAAGGCCCCAAAAGAAAUUAUAGAAGAUCUCCAAGCUCCAAGUUUGUCAUAUCAUUCAUGAUGAAGAACUAGUCCAUUGUUAUGAUUUAAUGAAACAACAGCAACCCAUUAAGCUUCUUUCUAGCUUCUCGGCAUCAAGCAAAGCUUCUUAGCAAACCAAAACGUGAGGAGGCCUAUAUAGGUAGGGAUGAUGGCGGUGACGUCAGCCUGCAAAGAUGGUGGGAUGAAGAUGCAAAUGGACAAUGGCAAGUACGUAAGGUACACACCAGAGCAAGUUGAAGCUUUAGAGAGGUUGUACCAUGAGUGCCCAAAGCCCAGUUCUAUGCGUCGCCAGCAGCUCAUUCGCGAGUGCCCUAUUCUCUCCAACAUCGAGCCUAAGCAGAUCAAAGUCUGGUUCCAGAACCGCAGAUGCAGAGAGAAACAGAGGAAAGAGGCGUCUAGAUUGCAAACUGUGAAUAGGAAGCUGACCGCAAUGAACAAGCUUCUGAUGGAGGAGAAUGAUAGGCUGCAAAAGCAGGUGUCUCAGCUCGUCUAUGAGAACAGCUAUUUCCGCCAGCAGACACAGAAUACGAACCUUGCCACCACAGACACAAGUUGUGAGUCGGUGGUGACUAGUGGUCAACACCAUUUGACCCCUCAGCAUCCACCAAGGGAUGCCAGCCCUGCAGGACUUUUGUCCAUUGCAGAGGAAACUUUAGCAGAGUUUUUAUCAAAGGCUACUGGAACUGCUGUGGAGUGGGUCCAAAUGCCUGGGAUGAAGCCUGGUCCGGAUUCCAUUGGAAUCGUUGCUAUUUCUCACGGUUGCACUGGUGUGGCGGCACGUGCAUGCGGCCUUGUGGGUUUAGAGCCAACAAGAGUCGCUGAAAUCCUUAAAGAUCGGCCUUCGUGGUUUCGAAAUUGCCGAUCUGUGGAUGUGCUAAAUGUGUUGUCCACUGGCAAUGGUGGAACCAUUGAACUGCUUUACAUGCAGCUCUAUGCACCCACAACUUUGGCACCAGCUCGAGACUUCUGGUUGCUGCGCUACACGUCUGUUUUGGAAGAUGGUAGCCUUGUGGUUUGUGAAAGGUCACUUAACAACACUCAGAAUGGUCCAAGCAUGCCACCAGUGCAGAAUUUUGUGAGAGCAGAAAUGCUGCCAAGUGGGUAUCUAAUUAGACCUUGUGAAGGUGGUGGGUCAAUCAUCCACAUUGUUGAUCAUAUGGAUUUGGAGCCUUGGAGUGUACCUGAAGUCUUGCGCCCACUUUAUGAGUCUUCAACACUUCUUGCUCAGAAGACAACGAUGGCGGCCUUACGCAACUUGAGGCAGAUUACGCAAGAAGUUUCUCAGCCUAAUGCUGCUGGCUGGGGGAGAAGGCCUGCAGCUCUACGUGCUCUUAGUCAGAGAUUGAGCAAGGGCUUCAAUGAAGCAGUUAAUGGGUUUACAGAUGAGGGGUGGUCUAUUUUAGAAAGUGAUGGUGUUGAUGAUGUUACCCUUCUUGUGAACUCGUCCCCGGGAAAGAUGAUGGGUGCAAAUCUUUAUGCCAAUGGAGUUCCAUCAAUGAGCAAUGCUGUGUUAUGUGCCAAAGCUUCCAUGUUACUCCAAAACGUGCCUCCAGCCAUUCUUCUUAGAUUCUUGCGAGAACACCGAUCGGAGUGGGCUGACAGAAGUAUUGAUGCUUAUUCAGCUGCUGCUAUUAAACCUGGUCCCUGUGGCCUACUAGGGUCUCGAGCUGGAAGUUUUGGAGAUCAAGUUAUUCAUCCACUGGCUCACACAAUUGAGCAUGAAGAGUUCAUGGAGGUCAUUAAGAUCGAGAACAUGGGCCACUAUCGAGAAGACAUGAUUAUGCCUGCAGCUGACAUUUUCCUCUUGCAACUAUGCAGUGGAGUGGAUGAGAAUUCGGUCGGGACCUGCGCUGAACUUGUCUUUGCUCCCAUUGAUGCUUCAUUUUCUGAUGAUGGUCCAAUUCUACCUUCUGGUUUUCGGAUCAUUCCUCUUGAUUCUCGGAUGGAUGCCCCCAGUCCAAACCGUACACUUGAUCUUGCCUCUGCUCUUGAAGUUGGACCCGCAGGAAGCAGAGCAUCUGGUGAUAAUGCAGGUCACUCUGGAAACACAAAAUCUGUGAUGACCAUAGCAUUCCAAUUUGCAUUUGAAAUUCACCUUCAAGACAAUGUAGCUUCCAUGGCUCGCCAGUAUGUCCGCAGUAUUAUUGCAUCAGUACAGAGGGUAGCACUGGCUCUCUCCCCUUCUCGUUUUGGUUCUAAUUCUGGUUUCCGGCCACCACCUGGCACUCCUGAAGCACAAACACUGGCUGGUUGGAUCUGUCAGAGCUAUAGGUGCUAUCUGGGAGGAGACUUGCUAAAAAGUGAAGGAAGUGAGUCCAUUCUCAAAUCUCUUUGGCAUCACUCGGAUGCUAUCUUAUGCUGCUCUUUGAAGGCAUUGCCAGUUUUCACAUUCGCAAACCAGGCAGGCCUUGACAUGCUCGAGACGACGUUAGUUGCACUUCAGGAUAUUACACUGGAAAAGAUUUUUGAUGACAAUGGAAGGAAGACCCUAUUCUCUGAGUUCCCACAGAUAAUGCAGCAGGGUUUUAUGUGUCUUCAAGGUGGCAUAUGCAUGUCAAGCAUGGGAAGGCCAAUCUCCUAUGAGAGGGCAGUGGCAUGGAAGGUGUUGAAUGAAGAAGAAACUGCUCACUGCAUCUGCUUCAUGUUCAUCAACUGGUCAUUUGUCUGAAACUUUGGACAGAACAGAACAUAGGAUUUAGAUUUUUUUCUUUUUCUUUUUUAAAACCUACAGUAGAAAUUAAACCUCUUCUUUGUCAUGAGCAUGUGUACCAAAGGUAUAUUGGGCCCAAUGUUUUGGGUUAUCCUCUAUUCUUUGAGUUUUGCUUUAUGCUUUAUUUAUAUAUGAAUCAUAAUGCUCCCACCUUUUCCUACCUU